AUGGGGCCUUCAAAGGAAAAUAUAGAAAAUGAGGCAUCGGGGGUUGUAUUCAGGAAUGGCCGUGGGGAUUGGAUUUUGGGUUACCUCAAUUCUGCCAUAGCCUACACCCCUGCCUACAUGGAACUCUUAGCCCUCAAAACUGGUCUUCAACUAGCUUGUGAUAAAAAAUUUGUUGAUAUUGAAAUUGAGACCGAUGCAACAGAUGUCACUACCGAGAAAAUUGCAGAAUUCGCGAUCCGGCAUAACUUCAGGGAAGGGAACAAAGUAGCGCACUUUUUGGCCACUCAAGGAUUUAAGCAAUCAAGUAGCUCCACUCCCUAUCUGAUGGAACAGCCUCCAAACUCUCUUUUGCAAGCCCUCCAUAAUGAUAAAACUGGAAGCACUUAUAGUAGGACCAUAUCUAAUGCUGCAAUUUCCAAAUUAGUAGAAUUUGGAAAUCCUUUUGUAACUGGCACUACUAAUGUAGACAAUAUGUUACCAAUUCAUAUGUUUGGCUAA